AUUGUGUAUCAGUGAAACCAAAUGAUAAAUGUAAAGCUUUGCCUUUUAUCUGAUAGUGUUGAAAAUGCAAUCAGCUGUUGAAAAUAACAAACAUGUAUCCUCACUUGAAUAGCUCAGGAAGUAGCAGAGACCCACAGCACUGCGUUUUGUAUUGUUUAAUAUCUGGACCUAUUAUGAACACUAUUAAAUUUAAAUGUCAGCCUCCUGCUGUCACUUAAAACUCGGCCCACGUUGUUCUGUUGCGUCACUGUGUGCGACAAGACUCGGUGUCCCGGACAAGAUGGGAAAAGGCGAGUGACGCCCUGUUCUUCCUCAUUCCAAGAUCUUCCGCGGGGUCCCUCUCCUUUUAAGCCACACCGGUCCGCAUCGGGGUCUUGUCACUACCGGGUGGAAACCCAUCACGCUUUCUGCCCGCGAGCAGGCCGGGCCGCACCGCAUUUCCUCUCCGCCAGAGCCGCAGACCCCGCCCCUGCCGGAUGGGAUGUAUGAAGAAUCGCGCUCGCCGAUUGGCUGAAGCACCUGCCCCUCAUCGCUUAUUCCUGAUGCACUGAUGGGUAGCUGACGGCGGUGGGCGGGCGCCAGCUAAGAAAAUUAUAAGGUCAUUUGAAUUACGCUUGCUAGCGAGCUUAUCGACUGCAAUGAUCCCAGAUAUGAUAUCAAUAAUUGCGACAAUGGACGGAUGAUGUUGGCGGGGUCAAAGUCGACGCGCACAGUCAGGCGUAUUUGACUCAAGCCCCACGGGAGGAGAGGAGCCGCAGCUCAUUGUGGUGUCAGAGCAGGAGGGGGUCCCGGUGCGUGUGGCUGUCUCUUCGUGCGUUUCUGUCAAGCCGAGCGAGCCGCCGCGAGGCUCGAGCGGCUAAGCCGAUCAAGGCGAGACCGCACGGAACCGGUUUCACGUCGGGGAUUGCUGCGCACCUUCACGGUGUGACGGAGUGGACGAGCUGCAAGGAUGAUGCGUCUAGCGUGUGCCACAGCCCUGCUGUUCGUGCUGAGGCUGCUGGUGGGCUUGCCUUGGUACCAGGUUCUCCCGGCCAUCCUGAUCUUCUACCUGGGAAGUGGAGGAUGGAGCUUCCUGCGGAUCUUUGCCAAAACCAUUGGCAGAGACUUACAUGCGGCAGGUGUGCUAUUGCAGGUGAAGAUGAAUGUCAGACGCCACCUCAAAAACAAGAACACCAUUCCCAAGAUCUUUGCCGAAACGGUGGCUCGCUACGGGGACAAAACUGCUCUGAUCUUCGAGGGGACUGGGGAGAAGUGGACCUUCCGACAGUUGGAUGAGUACUCCAACAGAGUGGCCAACCUGCUGCUGGAAAGGGGUUUCAAGGAUGGUGACGUGGUGGCUCUUUUCAUGGAGAACAGAUCCCAGUAUGUGGGCCUCUGGCUUGGCAUGGCCAAAAUUGGAGUGGAGGUAGCACUUAUCAACUUCAAUUUGAGACUAGAGGCCUUAGUCCACUGUGUCACCAUCUCCAAUGCCAAGGCUGUGGUGUUUGGCUCAGAGCUGAAUGCAGCGGUGUCCGAGGUCCACAGUUUAAUGGGGAAAGAAGUGCAGAUGUUCUGUUCGGGAGACUGGGACCCCAAACAAGUCCCACAGGGAACCGAGUGCCUGGAGCCCCUGCUGGAUAAUGCCCAGACUCACCUGCCAAGCCGGCCGGAACGCUGCUUCACAGAUCGCCUGUUCUACAUCUACACGUCAGGAACCACUGGGAUGCCUAAAGCUGCUAUUGUUGUGCACAGCAGGUACUACCGCAUGGCAGCCUUGGUGUAUUAUGGCUUCAAGAUGACUCCCGAUGACGUGUUUUAUGAUUGCCUUCCGCUCUACCACUCUGCAGGUAACAUUGUGGGAGUGGGCCAGUGCUUAUUACAUGGCAUGACUGUAGUCAUCAGAAAGAAGUUCUCUGCCUCGCGUUUCUGGGACGACUGUGCCAAAUACAACUGCACUAUUGUGCAGUACAUUGGUGAGAUCUGCCGAUACCUGCUGAACCAACCGGUUCGGGAGAUUGAGCAGCAACAUCGGGUGCGCAUGGCACUGGGCAACGGCCUGCGCCAGUCCAUAUGGGAGGAGUUCAUGAAGCGCUUCAACAUCCCACAGGUCGCAGAGUUCUACGGAGCAACAGAGUGCAACUGCAGCCUGGGCAACUUUGAUAACAAGAUUGGAGCGUGUGGCUUCAACAGUCAGAUCCUCCCCUUCAUCUACCCAAUCAGACUGGUGAAGGUUGAUGAGGAGACCAUGGAGCUCAUUAGGGGAUCUGAUGGCGUCUGUAUUCCCUGUAAACCUGGUGAACCUGGGCAGCUCGUCGGCAGGAUCAUUCAGAAUGAUCCUCUUCGGAGGUUCGAUGGCUAUGUCAACCAAUCAGCAACCAGCAAGAAGAUAGCCAAUAGUGUCUUCAAGAAGGGAGACAGUGCUUAUCUCUCCGGUGAUGUGUUGAUCAUGGAUGAGUGCGGCCACAUGUUCUUCAAGGACCGUACAGGAGACACUUUCCGCUGGAAAGGAGAGAACGUCUCAACGACCGAGGUGGAGGGAACUCUCAGCCGGCUGUUGGACAUGAAAGAUGUCGUUGUCUAUGGAGUGGAAGUACCAGGAUCAGAGGGAAAGGCCGGCAUGGCCGCCAUCGCUGAUCCGACUCAGAACACUGACCUGGCGAAGUUUGUGAAGGACAUGGACAAAGCUCUUCCUCCCUACGCCAGACCUGUAUUCCUUCGUUUCCUUCCGGAGGUCACCAAGACAGGAACGUUCAAGUUUCAGAAGAUGGACUUGCGUCAGGACAGCUUUGACCCGAGCGUGGUGUCGGACAGACUUUACUUCCUGGAUUCCAGAAGAGGGGCUUACGUGCAGUUGGACGAGGAGCUUUACCGCUCCAUACUGUCAGGAAAACACAAAUUGUGAUGAGCAGGCCGACCACUACAUCUAAGAACUCAUAGAUGCACACACACAAACAGAUACAGAAAAUAAGACGAUAUUGCGAGACCAGGAUAGAAUGCAGGAAUGUAUUCCCAUAAUAAAUUACACACAAUAUAUCCAAACACACUCCCUUGCACCCCUACUGGAAUGCCCAUUCAUGCCUACACACACACACACACACACACACACACAAACAUAAUGUAUUCCCAAAACCACUUUGCUCUUUGAAAUCCCUAAAAGCAGACUUAUGCACGCCACACACACACAGCACCACUCCAUCCCCAGCAACUCCUCUCGCUACCUCAGCAAACGCAGAGAGAGGCACAACCCGAGUAUUUGGUAACUUGAAGCCACCGUUCAGAGCCACACAAUCCCUGCCCACGGCGGCCUCAAGCAGUGCGCCAAUCCAUCCUGGUCCACCGAACCCUGUGUUGCUGGGGGACACGACGGGGAGAGGAGGGAUGUAUGGAGGAGUAGUCGCCUAGCUUCAGAAUGAAACAAUUAACUACAGAUAUCCACAGACUGGAUGUUGAGAAGGAAAAUGGAAUCAGUACAAAAUGAAACGUGUGUGUGUGUGGGGGGGACAACGGAGUGACCCAUGAGGACCGAGACAGCGAGACUGUUUCAUAAAACACUGGAAGCUCUACCGCCGACUUCCCCUGCACAAUCAGCACUGACCAACCUGCAUGUCAACUACAGCUUUUUGAAGUUAAUGGGAACACCAUGUGGAUGUUAGGGAUUUUUCGGAAAGCCUUUGAGAUGUAACCCACGGUUGCAGACGGUGAAUCAGACCAGUGGUUGAAUCUGAAAUUUUACUAAAGCGCAAUAGGGCUCUGGUGUCUGCAGUGCAAUAAUCAUCCGCACCACAUGAGAGCUGAUGUAAAACAAAGAUUUUUAUUUAAAUAUGUCUACAUCACACCAAAUAAAUUUAAGUUGUAGUGUUUGUUUACAUAUUUAAAAUGAUAUUAAAGUGUUGUUAUUUUAUGUUGUUGUAAAAGCUUUCUCUUUUGUCAUAGUGGAAAUUUAUCGGGUUGUUUGUGCUUCACAUGUUUCCAAGUCUGUGCUUCAGUAACUCUUGGAGUCCUCAAAAAGGAAUCGGCAGCUUUGCAUCUUAUAUCAGCUGCUGCAACACAAAGUGAUCUGAUUGGUUCAACCCUGGGCUAAACACAUAGGGCUAUUUCCAAUAACAGGACUUUUAUACUGAGCUGACAUGCAGUAUGUUCGUGGCUGUAUUGUGCAGGUUUCGUCCUCAAAGGUCGUCUUAUCCUACUGUGUGUGUGUACGUUCUUCUGCAACCUAUGAAGAAGACUGAAGAUGAAGAAGCACCAAAUCGUCUGAUCGGGGACUCAUGUUUUCAACAAAAUUCUGGUGCUAAGGAUGGGAUGUACUGCCAGAUGCAAGAGAGCCCAAAGAUUCAAAGUGGCGAGUGGGGACAUUGUCCUGGCGGAAAUGGAACGGUAGAAGACGAGAAAACGUGCUUUUUGUCAUCGAUGUUUUGUCCAUUGUUUGCAAUAUCUAUCAGGUUGUAGUAGCAUGAAUGAGCAUCAUCAACCACGCAAGCAGAGCACUGUGCCUUACUGUGAGUUCACAGCCUCGACCCACACACAGUAUCUCAUGUGCUUCCCCAUGUUGGACUUGUUGUUCAGCUUCUAUCUACCAUAAUCCCCAAGUUUGUAACCCAAGGCUGGCCUAAAUCCUGGAAGUUUAUACAUUUAUUCUGAAGAGUCCAUGGCAGUCCAGCGACUUGCGCCUUCAUCCUGCCAGGUGCAGGAAGAGGUUGGGUCAUCUCCUCGCUUGCUUCCUUUGAGUAUCCUCUGGUCUUACUUAGUCCAAACUAACCUUCAUUUGUCUUCUCGAUUUAUUUUUUGUUUAUUUUGUGGGUGUCUCAUAGAUGUUGUUCCCCCAAGUUUCUAUUGGUCAGCAUAUUUACUUUAUCUUCAUAGUUUACAUUCAUCUGUCUGCCAACUAGCCCAAUCCUUUCAAGGCGUCUCACACCUCUUCCUUGGUUCCUCUUCCCUCGUUCCUCUCCCUCUGUGUCCGUGGCGCUCCAACCCUUCGAGCCGGCACCUCUGUUUGAUCCUCACUGUCUGUCGGGUAUCGAGCCUCCAUUCUCUGCCGUUUCUGCUUCAUCUUGCUGUGAUCAUAUUCAGACGAUGGUUAAAAAAACAAAACAGUAUUUCCGAGUUAGAUUCUCAUUUAGUGUUUGAUGGAGGUUUCAUUUUUUGGGAUUCUUUGACAGGUUUGGUGACAAAGAUCCAACUACACACUCAAAACUGUUCUCCAUUAUCUUUUACCGGUGUGUGUUUUGCGUCGUCUGCCAUUACCCUAUGACUUUUUUGUCAUACUUUUGCAACUGACCACAUCUAAAGUCAUCUACUGUCCAGCCACUGACAACAGUGAAUGUGUAACUGGCUGUAGUGUCAAGGACUCAUUGUCCUUUUUUUGAGUUUUAUUGCGCCAAUGUUUGUCGCUCUUUCACUUUUAUUUAUUCUUUAAUGAUGAGUGUGAAAUGUGCUCAUGAAUGUCUGAAAAAGCAAAUGAGUGACCAAUGAGUAUGACGAUGUUGGGAAGUAGAGGUUAAGUAUCUAAGGGAACACAGGAUGGCUGUUAUGAUGCUUGUGGCUGAGGGUUGUCAACCCUGACCAGUCCCACAGCAGAUCACUCUGAAUAAGAUGUUUCCACUUCUUCUUUAUUUUUUAAUGACUUUAAAUUAUUUUAAUUUGUUUUGAAGGAAUUGUUAAUUAUACUUUGAUUGUUUGACUGCUAUUUGUAUUUGCUUUUGUUUUCUUUGCGUGAAAUCAUAACAUUUGGGAUUGUGCUAUGUUUAAAAGAAGAAAAAAAGGGGGGAAUGUAUGAGCAUGCAUGAGUGUAAGACAAUCGAAAGGCAGUUGGGUUUUUAUAACUUUUUUUAUAAAUGGAACGAGGAAACAGCCAGGGAGCGACCUUUUCUGGAUUAAAUUGGGGUAAUAAUAGAUAUUGACCAAGAUAUGACAAUUUGCCAUUUCACAGCUAAUAGACACUGUUUUAAAGAAUGUCUCUGGCAAACCAGAUGAGUCAGCUGGAGCCAUUCAGGGAGUGAUACACCUGUUUGACCAGAGGGGGGCGCUGUGUCCUCAGCAGAAAGGGGAGAGUGAACGUGUCCAUGCCAUCAUGUAAUCCAGUCUGGACGACGAAUGAAAAGACCUCAUGACUACUGUUAAACGACUGUCGAUGGCAAUGUAUUGGUCAAAAUGAAACGACACAUGAUAUAUUUAUAAAAUAGAUUCAAAUGUUUUAAUAAGCCUGUUGAUAUUAAUAGUAUUGGUUAAAAUCACUUGUCACUGUCUCAUUCAUGUAAAAUCCUCUUGGAGACAAAUUAGCAUGUGGUGUGCCACGGUGAACGAUGUGAAUAUACGUUUAUUCAGUUAAUAUCAAACAGCUCAUGCUGAAAUCAGUCAAGAUGUUUCUGAUUACACUGUAAAUAAAUAUAAAAGGACUGGUGAUCCAAGAACAAGUCACCUCUCUGGUCACAGUGAAUACGUUUGGCAUGUGGAGAUCAUGACACACCGAACUGAUCCAGAAUCCCUGGCUGUGUCUCUGGUACCGCUGUCCCUCAUGCCUCUGAUCAACAUUUUCUCACACUGCUUUUUGCACUUUUUGUUUGUCUGUUUCCCGGCUCGGUCCUCAGCGAUGCUAGAGAAGGAAACGAGUUUGUACGCGUCUGCCUAUGAGUGUGAACGUUAUUUUUUUUUUGUACUUUAUUUUGUUGUCUCGUUGAACAAGCAACAGCUCUCGCCUUGCGCGGAGUAUUGUAGGGGAGGUGUGUGAGGUGUGCUGUGUGUGUGUGUGAAACACUCACACACAGCACACUGAUGUCCUCUUGUCCACUGAAGGCUAGCUGUAUACAUCAUGCAUUUUAAGAAAAUGAGAUAAAAGCAGGACUGCAAAUGGAAAUCAUUAUUAAUAAAACCUAUUUAAAUUGUU